AUGGGUUUGUUGCUUGAUGGUCGGGGAGCAGGUACAGAGGGAAACCACGAAAGGACAGCACUGCGCAGCUCACCUCAGUUUCAAGGCAUCGCGCUUCCGGCGGCACCGGCGCCGCCUCAGCCCGCCGCUCAGAUCUACAGGCGGCGCCGGUACCUCAGCCCCGCGACCGCCACUGGGUCGCACCUCCGUGACGCAGAAGCCCUGCCCCCGGCGCGUUGCCUGGAGACAGUGCCCAAUCUUCCUCCCCAGCGCUCUGCUCUGCUCUCUGGCGCGGCUGCUCCAGAAGAUCUUCGAGGCCCGAGCCCCAGAGGCCAUCUGAGAGGGAAGGUGGCAGUGAAGGCCAAGUGGCGGCGGGAGAGGCCUCCCCUGGCAGGCUCCUCCAGUAAGAUGAAGCUCUCUAAAUCCUUGGUUAUGGAAUAUUUGGCUCAUCCUGGAGUACUGAGCUUGGCUGCCAGAGUUGCUUGUGGCAUAUGCCUGGGCUGGGGCCUCCGCGUACACUUCAGGACAAUCCCCAGAAGCUUAGUGAGUGAGACAGACAGGGAGACUGAAACUGAAACAAGCAUCAUAGGAGAGAGUGGGGAGUACAAAAUGAUUCUUGUGGUUCGAAAUGACAGAAAGAUGGGAAAAGGGAAAGUGGCUGUCCAGUGUUCCCACGCUGCUGUUUCUGCCUACGAGCAAAUUCAAAGGAGAAACCCUGAAUUACUCAAACAGUGGGAGUACUGUGGCCAACCCAAAGUGGCGGUCAAAGCCCCUGAUGAAGAAACUCUGGCUGAACUACUGACCCACACGAAAAUGCUAGGACUGACUAUAAAUUUAAUCCAAGAUGCUGGUUGUACUCAGAUUCCAGGCACUCAGACUGUCCUAGGAAUUGGGCUAGGACCAGCAGACCUAAUUGAAAAAAUUCCUGAUUACCUAAAAUUUUAG